UCUGCCACCGCUCUUCAACGUCGCUCGUCUGCUCCUUCCUCACCUGCUGCGGGAUUCUCCCUGCAAAGUCUUUUCAUACCUAUCUUCUUUCUGUGAUAUACUCUGUACUAGCACAAUUGUACGAUGGGCGGAACAGGGUGGCUGUUUCUGUUCUCGGUGCUCAUGGCCGCUGGCCUUUUGUUUACGAUGGUCUUCUUCAUCAUCAUGUUCUCCGACUUGGAGUGUGAUUAUAUCAACCCAAUAGACCUCUGCAACAAACUCAACCAGUUUGUGCUUCCAGAAAACAGUGCCCACGCGCUUCUUGCACUACUCUUCCUAUUAUCUGGGCAGUGGGUAGCAUUCCUGCUCAACGCUCCAUUGCUUGCGUACAACAUCAACAAAAUCAGAAGUAAGAAUCACAUGUACGACGCUACCGAGAUCUUCCGUACGCUGCCGAACCACAAGAAAGAGAGCUUCGUCAAACUCGGGUUUUACCUCCUUAGCUUCUUCUAUUACCUCUAUCGCAUGAUCCUCGCACUUAUCCAGGAGAGCGAAUGAAUGCGCGUCGCAUUACUCUGAUCAUAGAGCCUUGCGUUACGCGUACAUGUCCACGAAUUUCAUAAUGAUGAUGAUGCAAAGGGACGUCGGGGCAUCGAGGGCAGUAGAUAAGGAUGGCAGGCGAGACAACGGAUCUACUCUACAUUUGGACUGAUGCAUAUUGCUUCCUCUAACAUGGGCAUCUUGCUGUCUCUGCCGGAAGGUUCGCGCUUGAAUAUUUUGUGCAUUAGCGACCGUGCAAUUCUCUUUCAAUUCUUGAAUUGACCGCAUGCGGC